GCAGCCGCCAUCCUUCUCUUCAUGCUGCGUAGCCAACAGCCUCUCCUUCAUCCUCUUUGCUGCGCAGCCUUGUGAUGAACACACACACACCCACUGCUCUUGAGAAGAGACAAAGAAAAGCAAGCGAAGGGAUCCAAGAAGAGGGAGAUCGGAAUCGGAAGGGAAGGGGGCCGCAUCUAACGGCGUGCAGUCGCGUCGCCCUCACCACGUCGUGCCGCCGCACCGUGUCCUCGCCGUCGAGCUCAUUCCAUCAGUGUCACGCCGCCGGGCCUCCUCGUCGAUCUGCCUGUCGCCGUUUGGGGGCGAGCCACGGAUGACUCUGAGGGAGAAGACACGAGUUUGGUAGAGCCGCACCCAGUCCCAGCCAUGCCACCGCCUCUGUGCCACCGCAGAAGAGAUCGGAGACGAGGGAGAGGACCGCAAGGGAGGGGAAGAGUCACGCCGCCCAGCGCCGGCCUGCACGCCGCCAACGUCGCCGGUGUUGUCGCGAUGAGAAAGAGAGCCCGCCAGACCGUCGCGGAGCUGUCCCUGCCGCCGUGCCCAGCUGCUAUUGGGAGCCCUGCCGUUGCUCAUGGGGUUACGCCAGUUAGCUUCUGCCGCCGGAAAAUGCCCCUGCUGCGUCGCCGGAGAAUUCUACCGCUGCUAUUAUCAGAAAUUCGGGCAGCCGCCGUCACUCGAGAGUUAUUGGCGGAGCUGCUGCCGGGCUGCCGCCAAACCGGUUCAGAGACCGUCGCUGUAUCGGUUCAGCCGUUCCUUCUUCGUUCGGUAAGCGUCUUCGAUUUGAAAAGCCCUCUGGUUACUGUUCUGUUAUCAUACGCUGAGGUUUGUGACGUUAAUUGCUAUAAGAUUGAGUUUUGGUUGUUAUGUGUUGCGAUUAGAAUUGCUAUGGCUACUGCGAAAGUGACUUGGAGCCGAGGUUUUGGUUGUUGAUUUCGGGUUGAGGCGAAAAGGACUCUGUGACGCGUUUGGGUUAUGGUUAUGCG